AGCCCAGGUCUCUGGCAGGACUGAAUAAAUACUUUUGUUUGAGUGAUAUUCAGUUCCAAAUUUUAUCAUCGUCCUAACGUUGAUUAGCGAAAUCCCUCUUAUUAGUACCACCUUUAGGUGCUUCCAUCCAACAACAGCAUCAUAUAGUUAUUUUUUGUUACAAAGUUACCAUUUCCUAGAAGCGGAUAGUUUCAAAAAAUGGCUUGGUUGUACAUUCUUGUGGGUGUGGUGCUCCUUCUGUCGUUGUAUCGGAUCUUUCGCGCUCAACUGUUUGCUAAAAUCAACAGUAAAAUGUGCGCUAAAUACAAUAAAAUGAUUGCGUCAGAAAAGGAGACCCUCUUCCAAAAGUUGAACGAGCAAGCCAAGGCCAAAGGUCGAACUUACACCAUUUUGGAGUUGGGCGGGGGAAGUGGGACCAAUUUUGGGUUUGUCAAAGAGCCCGUCCAUUGGGUGGUGACCGAGCCCAACAUGGCCUUUGCCCAAUAUUUCCAGGAAAACGUCAAGAAGAACGGCGGCGACCAUCACAUCAGUGAGCUCAUCGAGGCCAAAGCAGAAGAUCUCUCCCAGUUCCCCAACGCUUCCAUGGAUGCGGUCGUGGUCUCAUUGGUGUUAUGCACUGUUCAAGAUCCUCAACGGGUCAUGAAUGAAGUUCAACGGGUAUUGCGGCCGGGUGGACACUUCUUCUUCAUCGAGCACGUCAUCAGUCAGCCCGGAACCAUCCUCCGAUAUGUCCAAAUCGUCUUAUCCAAGGCCCGCAUCUGGCCUUUCCUCUUCGAGGGCUGUCAACUCCAUCGGGAUACGGGCAAGCUCGUAAAACAACAACCCGGAUUUGCCAAGACCGAAGUCACCGAUUUCAAAUUAAACACCUCUUCCCUUUUGCUUGGGUUCGUUCGAUCUCAUGUGUAUGGAGUGGCCACGAGAUAAUGGAAGGAAGAAUACCCAAUUGGAUCGAUGGAUGAUGACGAAAACUUGAAUUGGAGCAACCCAAUUCUACUACUGCCAAACCACUUGAAGUGCCUCAAGAUUUUUGGAACAAAUUUGCUACCACUAACCACGAAAUGAUGACAAUAUAAUUCACUGAUAUGAUAAGGGUGAUGAGGCCACACCGGUUUUUUAUAAUGUCAUGACAAUCAUGCAAAAAUUAUACAGAAGCAUGCAUUGAAAUCAAUAUAUGAACAAGAAUCAA